AUGGUGCGUCCCUUAGCCUGCCUCUUCUUCCUGAUCUCCAUCGCCUAUGCGGCAAAGGCUGCCGAUGAAUGCGAGGUAUGUGUGAAGGUCUUGGGCGACAUCUUGACGAAGGUUCCUGAGGCUGACAAGAGCAACAUGGAUGUGAUUGGGCGGAUUACACGAGAGCAUUGUGCCGAAACGAGACAAAAGGAGAACAAGUUCUGCUUCUACAUUGGGGCCCUCCCCGAAUCCGCGACGUCGAUUAUGAAUGAUGUAACAAAGCCGCUUUCCUGGUCCAUGCCACCGGCGAAGGUUUGCGAGAAGCUGAAAACGAAAGAUGCCCAAAUUUGCGAGCUGAAGUUUGACAAGCCCAUCGACUGGAAGACGAUUGACCUGAAGAAGAUGCGCGUCAAGGAGCUGAAAAAUAUCCUCAACGACUGGGGAGAGGUCUGCAAGGGAUGCACCGAGAAGAGCGAGUUCAUCAAGAAAAUUGAGGAUCUCAAGUCGAAGUACGUCAAAGAAGAGCUG